CUCCAUCAGUAGAAAAGCCGGGGAGCCAAACGCCACUGCAUCACUUUGAGGGCGGAUUCUGGAGUGUCCUCGUCCUUCUCGUCUCUCCUCCUCUUCCUCACACUGUCUCUCACAAUUGGUCUCCAUCAGUCUUCAUGGUUUUGAUCUCACCCCACGCAAUGCAAGCCAACCGGGCGUCCACCACCGUCAGCGUGUUCGCGGACUGCAGCAUCCCGGCCGGGCUGCGGAUAGGACCGGUACCGGGCAUCUGCAAGCUCGGGAAGUACGUGUCGGACCGAAAGGAAGUUGGACCCAAGAAAAAGAUCCGGUUGGUGCGUGGAGAGUUUGCAGAUGAAUCUGGUUGCGCCGUGCCAGACUGGAUCGGGUUCAUACGCCCCGCGAGGAACAGUCAAGAGCAAAACCUUGAGGCUGUGACGGAUUUACCUGGCGGACAGAUUUUCUACCGGGUUCUGAGGGAAAUCCCCGCUGGUGAGGAGCUCCUUGUUUGGUAUUCCAACGCUUUGGCCCAGUGGUAUGACAUUCCCGUCACGGCCACCCCCACGCACGACGAGAAAGGUGAGGAGCGUUACAUAUGCUGGUACUGUUGGAGAAUCUUCAAAUACCCCAACACGCUCAAGGCCCACGUCCACUUCCACUGCGCUCUGAGUAACGGGAGAAGCUUCGUGAGCAGCGAGUUGGUCAGAGGCACGGAGAACUUCAGCCGGUCACCGAAAUCCGGAGACAUUCCCAGCGCUUCCACCUCCCCGAGGAGCGCCCACAACAACUCCUCCGUCUCGGACUCUGGCAGGCGGGUGGUGUCUUCCUCGCCUUUUUUGAACAAAACAGGACUUUCACGGAAAAGCAGCUCUGAGGAGCAGGACAGGGCCCUCGACAUGAGCGUUGCAUCAGCGAGAACCCAGGGUCCCCUCCUUAGCCUUGGCGCGACGUCCUCGGUGUUGGGUGGCAUGGGCUUCCAUCCGGGCGUGCGCUCCGCCUUUAAACCGACCGGAGUUUCCAAAGCCUCGGGUUCGGAAACCUCCAGAGAAGAGGCCAACGGGAAGCUGAGUGGCCUCGGAUUCAGCAAACUAAUAGGAAACACGAAGCCAAUCCGCAACCUGAGCGAAGGCCUGAACGUGGGAGGAACCCAUCCUUCAAAGUGCGCACCUGCAAUUGUGGACUCGGCAUCCCCGAUGGUUCCGUGCGCAAACGCCAUUAGGGGUUUUCCGUUGCUGCCCCACCUGGAAGAAAGCUCAGCUUUUAAACACGUGGACAGCCGAAUACACCCAGGCCUGUCCCCGUCCCGCUACCCCCAGAUGAACCCCGGGCUUCAUUUCGAGAGGUUUUCUUUGCCUCCAUUUGACGGCGUCAAAACUUACGGAGGAGACUGCAACAUCCCGCUGAUGCCGUUCACCGUCUACAACGGGGAGCUCCUGUACAGCUCACCCUACUACCCGCUGAAGUUCCACUUCAGUAACCUCCUGAAGUACCAAGAGUCCAUGUCCUACUUUGGCGCCCCCUCCCUGAGCCAGGAUCUGGGCUCCAUCACGAACAUUGACCGGGAGAUCGCCAUGCACACGCAGCAGCUGUCUGAGAUUGCAGCAGAGAAGAACCGCUCGCGGCUAGACUCCCUGCCUGCCGGAAGCGCCAGCAGCGGGGCGUCAGGUAAACCCAAAAAAGGACACCUGUGUCUGUACUGCGGCAAGCUGUAUUCCAGGAAAUACGGCCUGAAAAUCCACAUGAGGACUCACACAGGCUACAAGCCGCUCAAAUGCAAGGUGUGCUUCAGGCCCUUUGGAGACCCAAGCAACCUGAACAAACACAUCCGGCUGCACGCGGAGGGAAACACGCCGUACAGGUGCGACUUCUGCGGGAAGGUGCUGGUGCGCAGAAGAGACCUGGAAAGGCACGUGAAGUCCAGGCAUCCGGGUCAGACUGUCAAGAAGCUGGAAGACAAACCAGGUGGCCUGUUCGAGGACGCAGAGCAGAAGAGCGACAACGACAGUGACGUGGACGUCUGCUUCACGGACGACCAGAGCGACCAGGAGUCCAGCAAAAUCAACGACUGACAUGUUUACGCACGGAAAAUAAAACCCCUUUCUGAGACCAGAGUUUUUGCUGGGUGCAGGAACAUCUCAGUGUUUUAACGUCACUAUUUCACCCAAAGAUAUCUGUUAAAUUAAACAAAAAAUCCCAAACUGUUUUCAGAUUUGGUUUUUAUGGAGUAAAAGGGAUACAUUUAGAAAACUAUCCGCAGAUGUCGUUUCAGCCCAUUUUAUGAUAAGACUGUUUUUGUAGACAUUUGUGUUUGUUUAAAAAAACAUCAUCUUCCAACUGUUUAUGCAGCCACACGCGGGCUCCUUUUCUGCACUCAAAAAAGUGAAAUUUUGCUGCAAACAAACAAGGAACAAUGAUCAGCUGCUGACAGUUUUCCCAUCACAACAACAAAAAACAGAAGCUGUCAGGAAUAUCAGGAUUUGAAGGCUUGUUUGCAGAGUAACACGUUUUUUAUUUGUGUCCACCAGACGGUUGUAAAAAGCAGACUUGAUGAUCCAAAUGGAGGAAAGAAAACGACACAAUUCUUUCAAAACUGUUUUUGCUGUCCCUUUGAAACUGUCAGUUGCACUUUAAAAACAUCUUCACCAAGCAGCUGCAAGAAAAUAAAUUAUUAUUAUAAUAAUUAUUAUAA